GCGCAUACAUGCGGUUCCGAGGCUAGUACUUGGUGGAGAACCAGGGUGGACACGGGAGUGUAUGAAAAAGAAAAACUCGAUCGAGUUAAUGGGGGUCUGGCGCAGAUUGGGUACAAAAGCUGAAGUCUUGUAUUCGACGACGUUCUCAUCGUCAUGGUCGACCCCUCUCGGUCUCAGUCGCCCGCUGUCUUCUGUUUCGAUUGCUUGGGCUGCAAAAACAGCAGCCAGUGGUAAUGGGCAGGCUGAAAUAAUGAGCGGAAAGCCAAUCGCAAAAGACAUAAGGUCCAGAGUAGCUGCUGAAAUAUGCAGAAUGAAGGCUGCCACAGGAAGACUGCCUGGAUUGGCUGUUGUUUUGGUGGGUAACAGAAAGGAUUCACACACUUAUGUCCAUCUCAAGUUAAAAGCUUGCAAUCAAGUCGGAAUAGUGACUUCUAUUGUUCAACUGCCCCAAGACUGUACUGAAGCUCGACUUAUUGAUGUUGUUUCAUCUUUUAACCGGAACCCGUCGGUGCACGGUAUAACUGUGCAGCUCCCUCUUCCACAGCAUUUAGACGAGGAAAAGAUUAUAAAUUUUGUUAGUCCAGAAAAAGAUGUGGAUGGCUUUCAUCCCCUCAACAUGGGGAAUCUUGCCAUGCGGGGAAGGGAACCCUUAUUUAUCCCUUGUGCCCCUAAGGCUUGCAUUGAAUUGUUGCUCCGAUAUGGGGUGGAGAUUAUUGGGAAGAAUGCAGUGGUUAUAGGAAGAAGCAAGAUUGUUGGGUUAUCCACUUCUUUGCUAUUGCAGAGGCACCACGCGACUGUUAGCACCUUGCAUUCAUUCACCAAGAACCCAGAAGAAUUGACUCGUCGCGCUGAUGUUGUCAUCUCAGAUGUUGGGACUCCAAACUUAGUUCAUUGGGACUGGCUGAAGCCAGGGGCAGUUGUAGUUGAUAUGGGGACGAAUCCAGUUAAGGAUCCCAGUAGCCGUCAUGGUUUUCGUAUUACAGGAGAUGUUUGCUACUCGGAGGCAAUCAAGGUGGUGUCAGCUAUAACUCCUGUUCCAGGAGGAGUAGGACCUGUUGUAAUCUCAAUGCUCCUCUCUAACACCCUUGACUCUGCUAAAAGAGCUACCGGAUUAACUUGACGUUUCCCCUAAGAAGAGAAUGUAUAUGGGACUGCCGGGACAUGACAGAGUGAUGGGAUGGGGUGAUUAAAACUGCAAAUGUAUGGCUAGAGGACAACACAUUUUCAAUUGUAGCAUCACUCUCUCUCUCUUAGGGGUAAACCUUUUAUGCUUGUUAGUUUUUGGUCAUCCGACCUUCACUUGAUAA